AUUUCAUUUCGGUGUGUUUUUAUCGGAAUAUCGGCUGCGCUGUUUCGGGGAGUGAUCUUGUCGCUUUGGUCUUUUGAUUUUUCACGUUUUCCCGUGUAUCGAGCUCGCUAUUUCAAUUGUUGGUUGCCGUUGUUUCACCAGUGACUUGAAACUAUCAUCAGCUUUCAUGUGAAAAUUUCUAAUCUGUUCAGCGGGAGCGACAACUAUGUCCAUUGAUGGCCACAAUGUCAAGAUAAUACAAACUAUACGAGGCCAUACAAGUGAUGUCACCUGCUGCGAUUUCGCGCCAAAUUUCACUUUAAUCACUGGAUCUAGCGACAAGACCGUCCGGAUAUGGGACUGGACCGGCGGCAGAGGCUAUACAGAGCGCUCGUGCAGUCCGCUGCGCGCGCACAAGUACCAAGUAACGUGCGUGCGCGCGUCGCCGCAAGGCUCUAUGUUGGCCAGCGCCUCCGUCGACGGCACGGCGGUGGUGUGGAGCGUCGCGACGUGCGCUCGGCUCUACACGAUGACGCAGGUGAACGGGGACGCCGUGCGGGUGUGCAGAACGAUAUUCGACCACGAAGGUACCACGCAAGCGCUAGCCUUCACCCCCGAUUCGCAGUACCUGGUGACGGCGUGCUCGUUGGAGGUGGUGCGCGUGUGGCUCGUCCGCGACCUGGUCGACACUGCUGCCGACGCCCUGUGCUGCCCCCUGGCCAGGGUGGACAACGUGCAGGACAUGGGGGUGCUCUCGGUCGACGUGUCCAGACGGAUCACUUUCGACGUCGUCGUCGAACCUUUCGACGUCUACGACGGCCACGCGUCCACCGUCACCAGCGUCCGUUUCAGCCAUUCCGGCGCCUACUUGAUCUCAACCAGUCUCGACAAGCUGGUCAAGGUGUGGGACGAGCAGGGAAACUGCGUCGCUUCUUUGCAGGGCCACGACAGAUACGUCAAUUGCGCUGCAAUAUCACGUCUCAAAUCGUCACUCUCCUUCAACGAUUCCGGCGCCUACUCGAUCUCAACCAGUCUCGACAAGCUGGUCAAGGUGUGGGACGAGCAGGGAAACUGCUUCGCUUCUUUGCAGGGCCACGUCAAUCGCGCUGCAAUGUCUAAAUUGUCACUCUUCUUCAACUAUUCCGGCACCUACUUGAUCUCAACCAGUCUCGACAAGCUGGUCAAGGUGUGGGAUGAACAGGGAAACUGCGUUGCAUCUUUGCAGGGCCACGACAGAUACGUCAAUUGCGCUGCAAUAUCACGUGAUGCCACCUUACUAGUGUCAGGUUCUACAGGUUCCAAUGACAAGCAAGUGAUCGUGUGGGACCUGAAGGGCAAUCUCACCUUGGACUCGGAACUGAACCAUUUCCGGACGAUCUCUGCCUUCGCCGACGGUGUUUCAGAGAACCAGAUGGCGGAGAACGUCGACCCCAACGGCAAUAAGGUGACUUUGCUGGAGAAGUUGGACGAUGUAGCAGAAGGUACCAUCAACAGUUGCAGCUUCUAUGGGAACAGUCUUCUGGCUACAGGAUCAGGGUACCUAAAUUUAAAAAGAAAGAUUCUCAUUGAUCCAACGUCAGAGCCGUCAUCUUCUCUGAAGCUGGACCCCUCCAGGAAGGUCCAACUAUCCAAGAGUCAAGCUGUGUCGACUUCGACAGGCUCAACGCUGAGAACCAACCCAUUUGCGAAGCUCAGGAAGAGACAGUCAGGGGUGAGCAAACCUCCUCAGGGAGAGAGUGUGCGAAGACCUUCUUCUGCGUUGUCCAAGAGACCUUGUGCCCACCGGAGACACAGGAGACCCACAGAGGAUCGGGACGUAAUGUACGUUAGAGAGGAUAGGGACAUGUACGUGAGGGAAGGCAGAGAAGUGUAUUCCAGGCAGGAUAGGGAUAUGUACGUCAGAGAGGAUAGGGAUAUGUACGUUAGAGAGGAUAGGGAUAUGUACUUCAGAGAGGAUACAGAUUCGUACUUGAGGGAGAAUAGAGAUACGUACGUUAGGGAAGAUAGAGAUACGAUAGAUAAACUGGUGAGACUGUUCAAAGUACUCGAAGGGAACGACAACAUUGAGGAGGUGAACUACUCGCCGCUAGAGGGCCACACAUACGCGAUCAACCACGUGGAAUUCUCCAAAAGCGGGGACAUGUUGGCGACGUGUUCACUAGAUGGCUGCACCAUCAUAUGGAAUCCGACAGUAAGUGAAUGGAACAAUGAUAUAAACUACAAUCUAGAACAGGGAUGCCUGUUUGUGCAAGAAGACGCUCACGACUAUGGCGUGCAAUACUGUGAUAUUUCCCCUAACCUCGAACCCAUCCUCAAUGCCGUGAGCGAUGCCCAGUCUUACUUGUUGGCCACCUGCGGCAACGAUAGCCUCGUCAAGUUGUGGAGGAUAACCGUUCCCAAGGUAUUCCAAACUGCUAUCGCGGGAAAAAUCCAUUUCAGGGCGAAGCAACUCAUCGAUUGGUCCACCAGCGACCUCAUAAAAUGGUUGAAAGACGUCAACAUGGACGACCUAUCAGCCUCCAUUCAAAACACUUCACUAGAUGGCAAAAAGAUCCUAACCAUGACGGAAGAGCAGAUAUGCAGUGGACUCGACUUAGAUGAAGAGACAACCGAGAAACUCACCAAGGAACUGCGCUGGCUCAAAAAGGGGACUCACAUGGCCGAACCAUUCGAAGACCGUCUGACUGACAUUCCUCAUGAGUUUCUCUGCCCUAUCACACACGAGGUGAUGCGCGAACCGGUGACCUGCAGCGACGGCUACACGUACGAGAAGAACGCCAUCACCGAGUGGUUCAUGUCGGGUAAGCGGACCAGCCCGAUGACCAACGAAUCGCUGGUCACCACGGAUUUCGUCGGCAAUGCGGAUUUGCGACACGCGAUCAGGGACUUUUUGGAGAUGUGAGACGGACGUUCAAAAAGUGAGAUGGAAGCUCAGUUCAUGUAGAGUGAAUAUAUAAAAUAGGGUGUGUUUUUCAUUCCAACGAAGAAAGUCAUCACUGAAGGAUGUGUCUUUUUGUAGUGACGUCACCGAUUUCCUGGUGGAAUUUAUGAUGGAACCGAUGCUGCAAUAGAAUAUACAACACCGAUUUCGUUGUAUGCCAGUUUGUCAGGUAUCUUCAGACUUAGAAGAGGGUGAUACGAUUUUAUUGAUUACCACCAAUACCAUCUUCUAAAAUCUCUCAAGAACCUCAAAAAUCCUCAAUAUUUUUUGUUUUCUAUCAAAUCAAAACAAAAAUCUAUACUAAAAAUGUGUCAAUUGUCAUGUCAAUCUCUUCUAAACCCCUAGAUUCUCUCAAAGAAAUUUGUAAGUGUGCAUUUAACAACAACAGUCCUUAAGAUUUUCGUCAACAUUUCAGCGGAAUUUUGCAACAGUUUGAUGGUUUUUUCGAUUCAUGCGCAUGACAAAAUGUUGGAAUGAAAAACGCACCCAUAUAGUGGCGACAAUGGUGAUGCACUUUCUGAUAGGACCUCAAAUAUGGAGGUGCUUCCUCCUUCCCCUAGAUUUUCUACAGCAUUCCUACACAUUAUAUGUAACUUUGUCACUGUUUCUCGCUCUUUGGAGACAAAAUAACCAACAAUCAGACAUGAAACUCUUUACGUCUUUGAUAUAAACUAUUAGAAUCCAUCUUUUGGGAAUGAAUUUCAGAUUAUUGAAAUAGAUAAUUGAAAAUAUCAAAUAUCUAACCUAUCGUUAGUUCGGCACUUCGAAGGCGCAAAUUCGUUACUGCAUGGGCGAUACCCUUCAGAUUUUUAGCCAUUCAGUGAGAUGACUAUGAAUUGCAGUGACGUUUUAGUCUUCUACGUUACCAAAAAUCAGAUGCCACGAAUCUGCUGUUGCCAUGAAUACCAACUUUUAGUAGUCUUUGUUUUCUUUUUGUUGAUAUUUGUAUUUAACUGACACUAACAUCAUGGACGGCAACCGGAAACGGAACCAAUUUUUGGAUGUCUAUUGUCGCCACUCUAUUUCAUAUAGUCUCUACGUUGAUGAACUAUAGGUGGCGCUGUGGUUAGAGUUGUGCAAGAUUGGUAGAACUUAUGAUCAUUUGUGGCAGUGAAAGUGGCAAUUCGUGACAUAAUCUCAUUCGAGGUUCCAUGUUGGAAUCAUGGAAAUGUGGGCAUAUUUCUAGAUCACAACUGGAUAGGUGAAUCUACUUGAAGAUAGUUGUAGAUUAUAGAUUCCCAAGACUGUAAAAUGGAAUUUUCAAUGGGAUUACGUCACGAAUGAUCACUUCCCCUCAGUAGUAUAAGAUUUUCCAUGUUUUUGCAGUUUUCAUAAUUUCGAGUCGAGUUCAUACACGGUGGACCUUGACUAAUUGUAUAUAAAAGUGUGGUAGGUUUAUGACUUCAGGUUGUCAAAAUUUUAAUUUUGAAAUUCAUUAUUCUUUGCGAUAAUCUCGACGUUUUUAAAUAUGGAUGAAUGAACAUUUCGAAACUAGUACUAUGAAUGCGUUUUCUAGAGUGCGCCACAUAGGCUUCUCAACCUUUUUGUUGUUUAGGUUAGCGCCGUUUUUAUUCAAAAAUAUCAAGAACAUAUAAUUUCAACAAAAAUAAGUUAUACUUGUUAUUGAUCCGAAAACACGACCGUCUUCGAGAUAAUCGAUUUUUUUUAAUCAGCUGCAUAUAGGGUUUGCAAUCCCGGAGUAAUAAUACAAUCCCGGGCCCGUUAUUAAAUUCAUACAUAGCCGGGAUCCCAGGAUUUCGGUAUGGGGAUUAGAAGUUGAAAAAGUAUGGAGUAUCCUGUAGAUAAGUGAUGAUUACAUAAAUACUCGUAUAUGAAAAAAAAAACGAACAUUUAUUACUCACAGUGUUGACUGAACCAGGAGCGUACAAAAAUCCACUCGUAAAGGGUAUUAUCUGCGAGUCGAGUGCUGAUUUUUGUGCAAAUGGUACCAGCUGCGGUGGUAUAGUUCUUAGAAGAUCAUGAUAUGCCAGCUGAAGAUAUGUACAUACCUCUGUUGUCACCAUUUUCGAAAAGGGUAAUGCCCUUUGUUAAAUUAGAUAUCUUAUAGCGCAAUCGAAGUGGGUGCAUCGCGUUUUUUCAAUGCUUCAUUCAACAUUUUUUUUGUUCGAGGUAGAGGUUGCGUCAGACUUUUGACUUGCAAAAGAGAUUCUAUAUCCUAAUCAUCUUGUUAAUCAAAUAUUGCCUCUGAAACUUUAAAGAAACGUUUUAUAUGACUCACGAGUAUCUUCAUAAUAACUUUUUUUCAGGAACUUCGAAUAAUUAUAAUCUGAUUCACUUGACGAGAGCGAAAACUCGAAAAUGCCGGGAUCUAAUCGGAUGUGAUCCCGGAAUCUAAUCGGAUGUGAUUCCGGAAUUCUCGGUAUAAAAGUAUCACUAGGACCCCGGGAUUUCCGGUAUCGGUAUUUCGGGAUUGCAAACCGUAGCUGCAUAAUUCUCAAUCAAUUAGUCUAUGCUACUAAUGUUUUCACAGCUUGUAAAUAUCACCGUAGCAGGGGAACAUCAAGUAUGAUUUUGAAAGCUGAGAACGAACACCUUAUUUUUUCAUUAUUGAUCACUUCUGUAAUUUUUUUUGUAAUUGAUGAAGAGCUUUCAAAAUUAUUCCUAAUAUUCGCCUACUAGGUCAAUAUUUCAAAACUAUGAAAACAUUAUUAGCGUAGACGCCUACUAAGUUCCCAUAAUGGAUUGAAUGAAAUCUCAACAGCUGAUUUCUAAAAUCUGAUUAUCUAGAAUACUACCGAAAUUUAGGAUUGAUACAAGUGUAACUCAAGUUCUUUCAAUAAUUGCUUCUGCCAAAUUUUUGGUUUAGAGUCUAUGAUUGUUCAUCAAUCGUGACGUGACGUGAUUUCACAUAUUUCGAUUAAUAAGAUGGACAGUUGGGAAUUGAGUCGAAACAGAUUUGGAAUUUUCAAACAGCAAGUUGAAAAACCUUGAAAUGUGUGAUCUACGUAAAUCACCCUGUAUGUACUUGGCGAGUUAACUUGAAAGGAAUGAUUGAAAUUUGCAAAGUUAGAUACGCUCGCUGAUGGUUAUUACCUACCAAAUAAACAUUGUUGGCCUCUAACACUCAUAAGAAUUUCUGAUUUAUUGAAGUUUUUCCAUAUCAUGUAUUUCUAUUGACUGUAAUUGAGACAUGUUCGUGUGUGAACAAGUAAAAUAACGUUGCAAUACCAAGACUGCAUUUUUAAACUAAAUUAGUGCCUUUACAGUUAGUUCAUUAGUAAUGAUUUGUAAAAUAAAAUUAGGACAGAAACUUGAAAACAUCACCAUUUAAUAUCUCACAAGAAUGUUAAUAUUUCGAUGGUAGGGUUGAUUGUAUUGUAUUCUAUGCAUGAAUAAAAUCUUGUCAUUAUCAUAAGUUUCAAUACCAAAUAUUAUGUUUAAGGUAUCCAUUAAACACUUGGCAAUAUUAUUAUUCUAAUGAAACACCAUGUUCACAAUUUUAUAUAGAUAUACCAAACUAUUUGAAUAAAUGUUGUUACAUGGCG